GGUCCUCCUGGUCCACCAGGUCUCCAGGGUCCUGUUGGUGCCCCUGGUAUAGCUGGAGGUGAUGGAGAGCCAGGCCCAAGAGGUCAGCAAGGGAUGUUUGGGCAAAAAGGUGACGAAGGUCCUCGAGGCUUCCCUGGCCCUCCUGGCCCUAUUGGCUUACAGGGUCUGCCUGGCCCACCAGGUGAAAAGGGUGAAAAUGGCGAUGUGGGCCCAAUGGGUCCACCUGGCCCUCCAGGUCCAAGAGGUCCCCAAGGUCCUAAUGGAGCUGAUGGUCCUCAAGGCCCUCCAGGCUCAAUUGGCUCUGUUGGAGGUGUUGGUGAAAAGGGUGAACCUGGAGAAGCUGGUAACCCUGGACCACCUGGAGAAUCUGGAACAUCUGGUCCAAAAGGUGAAAGAGGAGAAAAAGGUGAGGCUGGUCCACCUGGAGCAGCUGGACCACCAGGUGCUAAAGGACCUCCAGGUGAUGAUGGGCCUAAGGGUAACCCAGGCCCAGUUGGUUUUCCUGGAGAUCCUGGUCCCCCUGGGGAACCUGGUCCAGCUGGUCAAGAUGGUGUUGGUGGAGAGAAGGGUGAAGAUGGUGAUCCUGGUCAACCUGGUCCACCAGGUCCUUCAGGUGAAGCUGGCCCACCUGGUCCACCUGGAAAAAGAGGACCUCCAGGAGCAACUGGUGCUGAAGGCAGACAAGGUGAAAAAGGUGCAAAGGGUGAACCUGGUGCAGAAGGGGCUCCUGGAAAAACAGGUCCAGUUGGUCCACAGGGACCUGCAGGAAAACCUGGCCCAGAGGGUCUCCGGGGCCUUCCUGGCCCAGUGGGAGAACAAGGUCUACCUGGAGCACCAGGUCAGGACGGCCCUCCUGGGCCUCUGGGUCCACCUGGCUUGCCUGGCCUGAAAGGAGAUCCAGGUUCCAAAGGAGAGAAGGGACAUCCUGGUUUGAUUGGCCUGAUUGGACCUCCAGGAGAACAGGGUGAAAAGGGUGAUAGGGGCCUUCCUGGCCCACAGGGAUCUCCUGGAGCCAAGGGUGAUGCAGGAAUUUCUGGUCCUGCUGGUCCACUCGGACCCCCUGGUCCUCCUGGGUUACCUGGUCCCCAAGGUCCAAAAGGGUCCAAAGGAUCUAGCGGUCCUGCUGGUCAAAAGGGUGACAGUGGGUUACCUGGUCCACCUGGUCCUCCAGGUCCUCCGGGUGAGGUAAUCCAGCCAUUGCCAAUCCAGUCACCCAAAAAGACAAGAAGAUCUCCUGAUUACAUGUUGUCUGAUGCUGGUGAUAACAUUCUUGAUUAUUCCGAUGGCAUGGAAGAGAUCUUUGGUUCAUUAAAUUCACUGAAGCAAGACAUUGAGCAUAUGAAGUAUCCAAUGGGCACUCAGAAUAACCCAGCCCGAACUUGCAAAGACUUACAGCUCUGCCACCCAGACUUCCCAGAUGGGGAAUAUUGGAUUGAUCCUAACCAGGGCUGUUCUGGAGAUUCCUUCAAAGUAUACUGCAAUUUUACAGCAGGUGGAGAAACUUGCAUCUACCCAGAUAAGAAAUCUGAAGGAGUCAGAAUUUCGUCAUGGCCAAAGGAGAACCCAGGAUCUUGGUUUAGUGAAUUUAAGCGAGGCAAACUUCUUUCCUAUUUGGAUGUUGAAGGCAAUUCCAUUAACAUGGUCCAAAUGACAUUCCUUAAACUACUGAGUGCCUCUGCCAGACAAAAUUUCACUUACAACUGUCACCAGUCUGUAGCUUGGCAUGAUGCAUCAUCUGACAGCUAUGACAAAGCACUAAGGUUCUUAGGAUCAAAUGAUGAAGAAAUGUCUUAUGACAACAAUCCUUACAUCAAAGCUCUUCACGAUGGCUGUGCAUCAAGGAAGGGCUAUGCAAAGACGGUGAUCGAAAUCAACACACCCAAGAUAGACCAAGUGCCUAUAGUUGAUGUGAUGAUCAAUGACUUUGGUGAUCAGAACCAGAAGUUUGGAUUUGAGGUCGGUCCUGUCUGCUUCCUUGGUUAAGUUUAAGGCAAAAUCAGAUCAACAAAAAUGUUGCACUUUGGUGCUACCAACCCACUUCAUGCCACAUGCAAGUUUUGAACAAGGAUGGCAUAGAAAAUAUGUCUUGCUGUGUAUGUAUGUCUUAUCUAGAAAGUAAUUGUUGCCCUUGUAGGGCCAGAAUCACAUGACUUAAACUUAUUUUGCAAAGAUGCUGUGGCACAGACAGACAACAUAGAGCUCACUUUAGGAACACCCCCCUUUGGAUUCCUUUGGUGCUGUAAAAAAAUGAACAACAUGGUGCUCCUUCCAUUACAACAAAGAGGUGUUAAGAAAGUGUUUAAUAAACUGUAAUUAUUCUAUGUACAGUACUAUACUGUUAUUUUUCUGUCCAUUUCCAAAACUUGCAUGUGUCUCUGAAUUGCAUCUGGCUCUUAUUUUAUAAUUACAAAACUACAUUGUCAAUACUGUGUAUGUAUUCUGAAAAAAAAUAAAGCUGUAAUUGCCAGUGAAGCCAAUUCCAUUUCUGAUUAAUAAUAAAAUCCCUUUGUAUAUAUAGUUGUUGAAAAGCUUUGUUAUUUGAAGUCGCCAACAAAACUUAAGGUGGCAAAACUGGAAGAUCUUGAGCAGCACACUCAGACAACUCUUUUCUGCUGAUAUCAGUCUGUGAUGAUGAAUUUCAGUAAUGAAAGCACCUUCAAAGGUGCUGUGUUCCAUGGUGCUAUACCUCAGACUUUUUAUUUUCUUUUCUAGUUCCAUAAUUUCAUAAGAUAUCUGUAUAUACCUAAAAUAAACAAGUUUAUAUUUUUGGGUGGGGAA